CUAACAUUGACGUUGACGGUUGGGCAAUUUUGACAAACAGCUGAUUGCCUGAUACUGAUCCAAUCCAAUGUACUGAUCAUAAAGCGUUUAUCAUAUAAAAAAGGUAUCAAUCCUGAACACAUUCGACACAUUCGUAUGUUGUUCAAUUGCCAGUAAUUUUGCCAUUUUCCCAAUAUCUAGAGGCGAUUAAAAAUGAGUUCAGGUUUUAUCACAGAGUCUGAAGCAGCUGAUAUUAGGAAACGAAGACAGGAGGAAUGGGAACGAGUCCGUAAAGCUGACGAUCCUAUAGAAAGACCAGAGGAGCCCUAUGAUCCGAGAAGCCUUUAUGAAAGACUGCAGGAGCAGAAGCAAAAGCGAGAAUUGGAAUAUGAAGAAUCACACAAACUCAAGAAUAUGAUAAAAGGUCUAGAUGAUGAUGAAAUAGAAUUUCUAGAUCUAGUUGAUCGCACAAAAUUAGCAGCAGACCGUAAAAAGGAGUUGGAAGAGGAAGUUGAGCUGAGCGAUUACAGAAAUCGUGUAGCAGUUUUACAAGAGAAGUCUAUUGAGGAAAGACUACAGGCAGAGAUUGUGGUUAGCAAGGUCAAAUCUUUGACUGGCGCACACAACUCUCAGCAAAAGUUAUUAAAAGGAGUGGUUGUUAGAAAAACUGAAGGUCAGAAACGAAAAAUGAGUGGUGAAGAAGAAAUGACUGGUCAGAAAAGAAAACUGUCUGAUGUGGAGCAGAAUUCUUCAUCAGUUACUAAACAGGAGGAUAAAACACAUGGAAAAGGAGACAGCAAGGUUGUUAUUUCACAAGGAUCUGUUCUGGUGCCUCAGUCAGGAAUGAAAUGUGUUGCAAUCUUACCUGGACUAUCAUGCUAUGGAGAUUCAUCUUCAGAAAACAGUUCAGACUCUGAAGUUGAAAGUACGCCUGUUGCUAAAGUAGAUUUGUUAGGAAGAAAUAUUGUCAAGGAAGCAGCAAAGCAGUGAUAUUAAUGAAAUUAUUGGUUUUGUUUUAUUAAAUUUGGGUCAUCUAAAUAUUGAAGCUUGUAAUUAAAAUAUAUCGGUGGGAUAUUUAUCAUGGGGCUUUUGAAGUUUCCUAAAGUAAGGUGCCCCUUUUUCUUUGAGCCAGUUUGAUGAAGAGAUUUUUUUUAUUUAUGUAUAUGGAGUCUAAAUGUUAUGUUUUAACUUGCAUAGGGUACCUAAACUUAGACUGACUGUUACUGAAUCUUAUAGGACUGCCGGUAGAUGUAAUAAUUUUGAUUUUGACUUUUUACAUAAAACCAGGAACAAACUUUAUAUACAAGCUCAAUUUUAUUUCACUAUCCACAUAUAAGAAAAUUGAUUAUAACAGCCAUUAGUGCUUUCUUUUCUCGUAGGAAUAUUAUAUAUUUGUCUUUGCAUUACUGGAUCUAUCUCCCAUAUUGCUAAAUUUCACUUCACUUUAUGAAGGGAUAUUGGUUUCCCAGGCACACUGGGGUAAUGGGGGGAAGAAAUGGAUUUUCGUCGACAUUGCAGACCAACAAGAUUCUUUUGGACAUUUUCCUCCAGUGCCUCAAGGCAGGAUUUCUACUUUAAUCAUCUUUAGAUACAACCAAAUGAAACCUGAUACAUUGGGGUAAUUUGGAAUGAUGACUUCUAAUGUUAUUGACACUGUAAUCUUGCUAAGAUCUAAUUGGAACAGGGAAAUGGGACUCUUAAGAUCCCCUACCAAUCCCAGUAAUCUACGCACCCGAUUUGGGAUCCUGAUUCCAUAUAUGAUCGUCAAAAAGAGCUAAAGUAUUGGCUCUAUUUGGGGUGGAUAAAUCUUGGCGAAAAAAUGACAUCGGAUUCGUGAUCUAGCCACUCGAUUUAUCCAGAAGCAGCGGGUUCGAAUCCCAUCCCAAGAGAAUUUUUCUCGUCGCUGUGAUUGGAUGGUGGACGGUCUCUGACUGUCGAACGCGGAGGUACUACCCGGCGGAUAUCUAAGGCGGGCCAGAAUGUGUGCAGGUUGCAUCCACACCUUUUCCCUCGCUAAAGUGCUUGUGGCAUCCCCCCUUUUCCCUGUAUAGUUAUGGUCGAGAUUGCUUAUAUACUGAGUGACCAAAUGAGGUAAACACCUACGUAUGUUUUUCCGAUUUCAAUAAUUUUUGGCAUAUAUGUUUUGUGUCCCUUACUAGUAAAAUGAUUAAAUUUUCAGCUUGAUUCGUCAACUGACAGAAGCUGGUUCAAUAAUGUGUUCAGGAACCACGAUUUCUUAUACACUCAUUGACACGCCUGGGCUGCUAAAGUCUGUGGAGAGAGUUGCAAAUUAAAGAGCCUGCGACCCAUCAUGUCCUAGACAUGUUCAAUUGGAGAUAGGUCAGGCGAUCGUGGCGGCCAAGGUAAACGGUUGAUGCGAUGUUGAUCCAUGAAGGCCAACAAUGCUCUGACAUGUG